CGUCGCUUCGGCAGGCCCCGAUUCCCACGGCCGCCCUUCCGUCAUGCGGGCCCACCGAGACCGGGACAUCCCGCGCAGUUCGGCGUGCCCUGGCAGCCGAACAACAUGUUUUUCCAGUCCCACCCGUUGCGGGGCGCUCCACCGUUUAGAUCGGGAUCGGACGGUAGGAGAAGGUUUUGCACCUUCGACGUUCGAUUCCCCACUCCCAAUAUACUGCCCGUGUCUCUGGAUUAUGACGAGGACAUCGACCUGGCGUCGUGUAGUCUGCAGGCGGAGACCGAUCAAGAUGGAACUGCACCACAGCUGCCUCUGCUCGGUUCCGAGGAGGAGCGGCAGCAGAAGAUAACCGAAACGGCGGAUCGAUUGAAGCAGAAACUUUUUUCUUUUAGCAGCAAGACGACAGAUGUUUGGAGUGAAGACGUGCCGAUUGAUCUCGCCGAAGAUGAUUGUAUAGAAAAUCGUAUCCCUGUCGUAGUCGGGUACAAAUCAUCUGAGCUCAAACUGACGUACAAUGAUCUAAAGGACAUUGGAAAAAUAAAUCCUGAUAACGCUAAUCUUGAUAACGCGCAGCAUGCUACGGAUGUAUUUAAUAUUACGAAUAAUACAAAUAAUGAUGUAAUAUUAGAUGAAAAUGAAAAUGGAUCUCAUCUAGUGAUACCUAGCGAUCAAAUGACAAAUCUGGAAAAUGUACCAGAUGAUAAUGCGUGUUUGGAAACUGAUAAUUGGGAGUUCCAAGAGCAAAUUUAUAAUUCCAAUAUUUUGGAACAAUCGAAUUUACAUGGAGAUAACAAUAUUGAGUUAUUGCAAUCGGACAUUCAGUAUCAAUAUGAUGUACCUCCGGCUAUUAUUUUACAAGAUCAAGACGACCAGCAACAGGAUACUUUGCAAGAAAUCAGAGAAUAUCCCACGAAUGCUACAGAAAUCGAAGAAUAUCCCAUGGAUGCUACAGAAAUCAGAGAAUAUCCCAUGGAUGCUACAGAAAUCGGAGAAUAUCCCACGGAUGCUACAGAAAUCAGAGAAUAUCCCACGGAUGCUGCAGAAAUCAGAGAAUAUCCCACGGAUGCUACAGAAAUCGGAAAAUAUCCCACGGAUGCUACAGAAAUCGUAGAAUAUCCCACGGAUGCUACAAAAAUCGGAGAAUAUCCCACGGAUGCUACAGAAAUCGGAGAAUAUCCCACGGAUGCUACAGAAAUCAGAGAAUAUCCCACGGAUGCUACAGGAAUCGGAGAAUAUCCCACGGAUGCUACAGAAAUCGGAAAAUAUCCCACGGAUGCUACAGAGAUCAGAGAAUAUCCCACGGAUGCUACAGAAAUCGGAGAAUAUCCCACGGAUGCUACAGAAAUCGGAAAAUAUCCCACGGAUGCUACAGAAAUCAGAGAAUAUCCCAUGGAUGCUACAGAAAUCGGAGAAUAUCCCACGGAUGCUACGAAGGAACAAGAAGAGUCUGAAACAUUGAAUUUACCGACUGUGUCAUUUCCAAUUGAUUCAGUAGAUCAGAAUAUUUUGCUGAAGGAAAACGAAGAGAGACCGCAAAACGAAGAGCUUUUAACGAAUUUCGAAGUUCAAGAAAAUGUCUUAAAUUCUCACGUUCAUGCAGAAAAUUCAAACGGUAGUAACAGUGCGUUGAUACAACCAGCGUUAGCUGAUGUGUCAGCAAAUAAUGUUGCAUUAGAUAACCAAUUGCCAAAAGUGCAAGAAAAUUCUUUUCAUAGUCCACCAAACCUGUCUCCGCAUACCGAGCAGGUGUUACCCGUUGAUUUUGAUCCUACUACUCCACCACCGAUAUUAUUGAAACAAGACCAACCACCACGUAUCUUGCCUCCAUAUUCAAUACCACCCGAUUUACCACCAUUAUUCGAUCCUACAGCCCCACCGCCAAAUAUAAAAUGUUUACUCGGAUCAACAGUACCUCAUGAAGACGCAAAUCCUGCAUGGAAUAACGCUCAAAAUCCAAUGCCUGCCGCUUAUACAAAUAUAGAUGUUCAUACGGGCUUAAAUACACAUGGUGGAUUUAUGCUUCAACAGUUACCGUUAGAAAUGUCCAACCAAAAUAAUGUCUUUCUGCCGCCUCACGUUGAUUCGGUAAAUUUUUCUCCAAUAUUUCCUAUGCCGUUAAACAGUCAAUCUGGCAUCAAUACGCAUGUUCCGCCAAUAUUACCUCAAAUACAUGCGACGCCUCUUACUUAUGUAUCUCCAUCUUCCCUACCAGAACUCUCUUCCUCCCCUGAUUUAUCUUACAGCGUGAACAAAGACGAUGUUUUGGAUGACAUGCAGGAGGCUAUGAAAUUUGCGAAAGAAAUGACAAAUAUAACAGGAAAGACAGAUGAAAGUUCCAAAUCAAGUUCCAAAAGCAGUGUCUCAGUUAAUCCUGUUAGCGACGUAGAGUCUAUAGCCCUGCCUCCAGGUAAGCCAAGAGCCAAAACUAGUAAGAAAAAGACAAAAGAAGAUAACACAUGUAGCAAGAAGAAAAUAGUACCUGAAGAGCAAAGUACAGCAGACCACCUAUCAUCAGAAGAAACGAUACAAGAUGCAAAUGCGAAAUCUAAGGACGUCGAACUAAUGAUGGAGCAAGAUCGUCCUAAAGUAGUAUUUAACUUGAAUAAUAAAACGAAAAUGAUAAAUACUAAGACAGCGCGCCAAGAAAAUAUCGAGAAAAGAAAUGGGAUGACGCAUUCUGUGGAAUCAGAAAAAACUCGUGCAGUACCUUCGGUAACGAAGAAGAAUACAUUAAGGCGUAGAGAGAGUAAAGAGAGUAAAGAAGGGGAGAAGAAUUUGAAGAGAAAUGAAAAUAAUUCUAAAAGCACAAUAUUAUUCGAAUCAAUUGCAAACCAGGCUGCUACAUUGCCUCAUAAAAAGCCACAAAAGGAUAUUCACACGGAAAAAUCUCAAUCUUCUAACGUUUCACUUUAUUCGAAGAUCAACGCGCAAAAAUCAAGAAGUUGUAUAGAGAAGAACGAGAAUUCUAAUAUGGAAACUUCAUGGAAGAACAAGAUCAUCAGCCGAUUUUUAAAGAUGAGUACGAACGAUAUCUACAACAUGGUGAAUAACACUAGUCUUCGAAAGUUUAAUAUUAUAAUGAAGCGUCUAGUCAAGGAAAAAAAGUCUACGUUAUCCUUAGAGAUGAGACAAGCAGAGGAUGAAAAGAUGAAAAUGUACGAUCAGCAGGAAUUUAUGAAGCAGUUGAACGCGAUGUUGGAUACCGACGCUAUUGUGUCCGUUACGGAUCUGCCUACAGAGUUUAUUCAUCAUUUAAAUGAAGUGCUGCAAUUGGAUGUGCAACCAGACAAUCACGCUGAGUCCGCAACAGCUUCGAGUAGCCAAUGUCACUCGGAAAAUACGAAUUAUGUGUUCAGUUCUGUUACCCAUGCUACAGAGUGCGCAAAUAAAACAACAACGUCGAAUGACGUUAGUCAGGAAUAUGUAAGAAACAAAGGCCAUACAACAAAAAUGUCAUAUAACAAGGACGUACACACGCGAUCGGAUGAGAAGGCAUUAAUGACCGCGUGUGUACAAGUGCAUAAUGUUAAGAGUAACGAUCUUAACUUGAAAGAUGAUACUUGUAACACUAUCGUAGAUAAUGAUCCUAUUAGUAGUAACUUGUUAACUUUGCAACAUGAUUUAGAUGAUAUAUUUUCAGAAGUAACGAAGAAAAAUCAAAUCCCUGCGGCAGUAAAAGAACGCAAGCGUUUCAGUAUGGCGCAACAAAACGCAAAGAAAUUCGAUGUCGGCGCGAUGGAGAGGAGCGUGGAGAGAGAAGCGCUCUUGGAAGAUGAUACAGCAUAUAGACUGGAGAAUUGCCCGCGCUGGGACGAGAAGUGCGAUAGGUGGAAGAGGAAGGAACAGGAAGACCCGCACGCGUACAGAAAUCUUACCAAAGAAGAAUGGGAAGCGAGAUACGGAACAACGGAAAGCGGAACGAUGCUUCUCGAAACGCGAGAUACGCUUCUCGAAAUGCGAGAUACGCUUCUCGAAACGCGAGAUACGCUUCUCGAAACGCAGAUGAACCCGACACCUUCUUUUUGCACAAAAAGGAUUGCUGUUAAUAACAAAAAAUUAUCAAGUGGAGGAAAUUUACGUGGUAGGAAAUUUUACCCGCGACGUCGUUAUUCGUCCGAAUCUUCAAAGCACCCGUCAAACACAAGACACAGAUCUUUGGAGAAGGAUAAGCAUAAAAAAUCUAGACGACAUAGCGACGAUAGAGGACAUAGUACAGGAUAUUUAGAACAUAUUAUCAAUACCGACAGUAACAGCAGCAACAGCAACAGCAGUAGCAGUAGCAGCACCAGUAGCAACAGCAGUAGCAGCACCGAUAACGCAAAUGUUGCAAAACUAUUGAGGGUGAUAAAAGAGAAUGAGAAGGUAGCCAAGAAAAUGUCGUUGAACGAAGCGAUAAGAGACGAGGUGAAUGCCGAGAUUGAGCGGGAGCGGAAGUCGCGAAAGUCGCGGAAGAAUCGUAAAAGCCGAAAGCGGAGGAAAGCACGUAUGAGAAGGAAGAGGCAAAACAAGAAAAUGACGAGCUCCUCCGAUUCCUCCUCGGAAAAAGAUGAUGAGGAAGCGGACGAUGCCGAUAAAUUGCUGACAGAGAGCGAAAUUAAGAAGGAGAUCGUAGAAAAUCAGAUCACGCAAGAAGUAAUUGUUAAAGAGGAACUGGACAUCGGCCAAGAAGCGAUCAUCGAGAACGCUGAAUUUGCAAGUGCCUCGAGUCUCGUCAUGGAAAAUAAGGCGGCGUAUUUACUCUCUGCGUCGCAGAACAAGUUGGAAUCUCCCUUGGCACAUGAAAUUCCGCUGGCGAUUGUCAAUCCCACGCAACUAUACGCGGAAGACAGACUGCCGACAGCCUCCCCGACGCAACCGAAGACCAAGGCGCAAUUGAAGCAAAUGCCAGAAACAUCCGAUAUGAAUGACAACAAGGUUCCUCUGAAUGUAUUCACUUGCAUACCGGAAGAUUGGAGCACGGUUGCUCUGGCGAAUUUCUCGGAAUGCACGGAGGAUUUAAAUAGAGCCUGUCGAACAGCUGACGUCGAUUGUAAUCAGGAUAAAGUUGUUUUAUCGACCGAAGGAGCUAGUAAAAGUGCAAGAUUACAACUGAAUGAGACGCCAUGCACCUUGGCCGAAUUGUCUACCAAAAUAAAAGACGCUAAUGAAAUCUCAGCUAGUGAUAACGAUGUAUCAAGAGUGUCAACGGUCGCUACAUCAGCAUCGUCGGUAUCGGGUGUCUCGCCUGUGAGUACUGUGAAUCAGAAGCAAGGUGCCAGCAAAAAGAUCGACAUAAAGACAUAUUACGAGCGCGCUAAAGAACGUCGCAUGAAUGAAAAAUCAGAACCGAAGAGGCCCGCAGAAAAUCCCGCGAUAUCGACGCGGAAAAAUUCGCUUACACCGAAAGCCACAGAGCCGGAAGUUGCAGUAAACAAAUCUACGUUCAUAUCAACAUACAGCGGCCCCAUUCUAGAUCCGCGAUUAGUUUCAAGAUUAGCUGUUCCGUGCGUAACGAAUAAUAAAGAUGACACCGCGCAAUCAACGUCGGGAAAAAAUAUUCGGCAAAAAGAAAAACCAAUGGCAAAGGAAUCUACGAUUGCAGAAUUAGCACCGAGACGUCCUGAAGAAAAAAAUUCAAAUCAUAUCGUCGACGGCGAUAGCGGUGUUAAAAAAAUUAAUCAGAAUAAAUCAAAAGCUAAAGUAUCGCCGGCUGCUAGCAAUAUCAAAGUAAUAUCCAACGUUGUAGUAACAUCUAAAAUUAUAACACCAAGAUCCAAGAAACUCGCAGAGAUUAGAGAGAGCGUAGCAGAUAAACAAUCACAAAGCAAAGUUUCGUCUGAUUCUAAACGAUUUAAGAAUAUUCGGUCGGAAGGUAGCAAGGAGCUGAAGCUGAAAAAGGAAUUGGCGAUGGAACAAAAGGCGAAAAAGAAGUCUGCGGCAGCGUCAAAGUCUGUUGGUCUAGUUUCGACGAAAGUACAUUUUCCUUUGGAAAAGACGACGAGGGCAGAAGAGGUGGCUCAAGAAAAGAAGAUCGAUAAUACCGGUAAUAUAAAUAAAAUAAAAACUGAACGAAUACAAUCGAUAGAUUCUCGCGAAAGUAAGGUAAAUGAUAGCAACAUAAAAAUGGAACCGUCAACAAUUUCCUCGGGGAACACUGACAACAAUGCUGAUGAAUUACCGCGUGAUAUUAAACCGAAAGAACGUUCCUCGAACUUCAAUGUUGUUAAACGAGAAAAUGCUGAAAAAACUGUAAGUAAUAUUGACGUUGAUACGCGUAAACAUUCUUCUAAGACGCCGCGAGAUAAAGAAACUCGAUAUGUAAAACGUGCGAAGAACAUAGCAAGUACUGAGAUUGCAAAUAAAAAAGAUCGAAGCGCAAGAAAAAUUUGUAAUGCCGUUCCCGAACUCGAUGUGUCGACAGCUUCGAAAAUUGCCCUGGAAGUUCCCGAAAAUAAAACUUCAAUUGUAAAAAUAAACAAGAAGGAUUCCUCUAAGAUUCAAGAAGCCGAUGCAGCGAAAGAUACGGAGCUUUCGUUUAAUUAUGCGGACCAAAGUCAGAUUAAAAAAUCGAAUGAUCGAGAUCUAUCGGAGAGCACAAUUAAUCGUGAUACAAGCGGCAUUUCCAAACUGGAAGCGAUGUCUCGAUCGGAUAGCAUCGACAAGGAAGAUAGACGAAGUAAGGAAGAUCAGCUGUUAAUAAAUAUUAAAACUAACGAUAGUAAAGAGGAUAAUAUGGAAUUUAAUAUACCAGAUACGUACAAAUCUGCGAGUGUGACGGAGGACAAAUCUCGGGUUAAGAAAAUCGCUGGAACAUCAGCUUCAAAUAAAAACUUUCAGGAACAGCAAGGUACUACCUCUCUCGACAGCGUAGGUAGUCCGUUCAAAGGCUUUCUUCAGGAAACCAUGAUAGAUUUUGAGCAGCCUAACAUAUUCAACCAAUUGGACGAGGUCAACGCCAAUAAGGACAAGAUAUUACUCGAUGAUUGUAACGUAAAUUACGCGACGCGUAUCGCCGGUUGCAAGGGCGUGAAGAUCGAAGGGCGACGGGAUUACGAAACGCUGGAAACCGGUACUGAUUACGCUAACGACGCGAAUGUCAAUGCCAGUGAGAAUUUUUGUAUCACUUUCGAUAACGUUUUACUUGCUGCAGAUAAGGAAUGCACGACGAGCGAGAAGAGAGAUAAAUCCGACUUGGCGGCGACGGAUGAAAGUGGAGAAGGACGCGUAAGAAAAUCCUCGAGCGAGAUAGUCGAGGCCGCGUUACGCGACGAGGACAACGAUAUCGAUGAAGGCGGCGAGACGGACAGACCGUUAAUGAACAAAGAGGGAUACGCAUCGUGCGCGGGAUUAGUGAUUAAAGAAUCCAUGUUUAUUAACGAGGAAGAAAUUAUUCAGGGCGAAGCUCGAACGAAAGAUUUGGCAAGUAAGCUCAAAACGACAACCGAUCCUAGUUUAUCCGACGCGUUAGAGACGACGAUUUCGGACGACGCGUUGAGACUGCCGGACAGCCAUGGCGUGGAUCAUCUCGACAAUCACAUAUAUUUAGAGGCAAAUAUAUCCGCGGAAAAGGCGCCCUGCGACAAAUUGCCGGGCUUCGAUUCCGACGAGCAUCUAGAUAACGACAUGUUCCUAGACUUGGACGAUCGUUUACAAGGCACCGCAACGUUCGACAACAAGGACGACGAGUGCGUGCACUUCCCCGUUCAGGAAGAAAGCCCGCCGUACAACAUCACGCCUGCGAUCACUCCGGAAACGACGAUGAUUACGCAGAUUACGCCCUGCGCCGAUUUAUCGAAGCCGGAGGAUUGUAAACUCGACUUGAAGCACAUAUCGUCGUCGGACAAUGAUACGCUCGCGGAGGCGUCGGCGGAACAAUCGCCGACCGACACAUCGAGAACACUGAAACUGAAUAUCCGGACGAAAGCCGCCUUGAAGGAAGCGACGAAUUUUAUUUGGAAAUCUCCGAACAAUGUACCGACGGAAAAUAAAGAAGUGACAAUUGAGAUAGAUAAGACGCAACAGAUGAGCGAGGCGUGUCUGAAUUACCAAACAUCGGCUUGGAACAUAGACGGUCAAAACAACAUAAAAACGCAUGCGCUAGAGACUCCCAAUGACACGACCGCGCAGGAUUUUGUAAACGUAAACACAAUAUCGUCGACGCAAAACGGCUCGUGUGACCAGUCAGUUUAUAAAGAUAUCGACGUUAACCACGACGGUAAGUCCGUAACAUCGCCUUCCGGUAACAUCGAGAAACGUCUUCACAGCGGUAUGCUGCGUAAUCCGGUUGUGGAAUUGAGAAAGAUGAAGGAGUUAGAUGAACUGUUGGAAAAGAGGCGACAGCAAAAUUCUGAGAAAAUAAACGAGAGAGCCUACGAAAGUCAGAGGAAACACAACGGUACAAUUUUGCACAAGUUGAAAGACAAACGACAGAUGAAGUGUCGGUCUAAAGAAACGUCGAACAAAACCAGCUUGGUGAAGAGACUCAAGAAGAUGAAGCAAUCCGGAAGGAUCGCCGCUACCACGAGGGAAGCUAUUCUAGCUAGAAUGCUGGAAAUCGAUCUCGAGAUGCGUAAGCUAUCGAAUGAGAAGCUAAAGUUGCACGAGAUAUUACGGAAUGAUGUCUUGCCAACUGAAGAUUCUGUGACGAACAGCAGCGUAAUACUGAGGACGAGAGAAGACGAUACUGUUGCCGGCCAAUCUCAAGUACCGUCAACGUUAAUAUCGCAGAACAGUGAAAUAAGUCAUACCAAACAAAUAAAAAACGCGCCUUCGUCGAGAUCGUCGCUUAAGGAGAGAAAGAGAAUCUCAUCUCGCAAUUCGGAGGAUGAUGAACUUUUCAGUUACAGAAGUGCACAGCCAGUGCACCAGAAGACGAAAAUGCCUGUGAUACGGUGGAAGAAAAAGCCGCGACUGGAGCAAACAAUCCGACGGGAAGAAGAGGGGAGGGAAGACGAGAAGAAGGAGGAGGAAGACCUUGACGAGAUGACAGAACAGCAGACUUCAACUUCCGUGAGUAGAAAAGUGGAGGAUAGUACGGUUGACGCCGUACUAUCUGAAGAUAUCAUUCAGAAACCCGAAUCGAACGAUGCGGUAGAUCAUGAGACGCGAGAGGAGAAAAUCACUGGAAAAUCCGACAAGGAGGAAUCUGCUUGUGAUAUCGAUUUGAAGCGUGCGAUCUGUUCAGAUAAAAGCACAGCGGAUAAAAAUGCGGACGAUCGUUCAGAUUUGCAGGAUCUUGCUAAAGGCGAGACCGAACGCGCAAAAUAUUUUGAUAUUGAUAAACGAAACGUUAUUUCACCACCAGACGAAGCGGCGAAGGCGGAAGCAACGAAGGCGAAUUCUCAACCGCCGAGCAAGCAGGUGCACAGCACGCCGGAGCGUUUGUCUAUAUAUUCUGACGACAGCACGUGGAAUUCUCUGGUGCAGAACACCGCGUCGGAGAUACACGAGAACAGGAAGGCGACGGGUCUCGUUUUGCUGGACGAAACGCUCAAGAAGGAACAGGCCAGAUCGCGGAAGAUGAGAGCGGAAGUGCGGAAGAUGAAAGCGGAAGUGCGUAAGAAGAAGAAGCAGCAGCUGGAUAACUUCCUGAGGACGGUUAACAACCUGACGAUGGAGGAGGAGGAGCUGCCUCUGUCCAAGUUGUACAUCAGGAAGUUGCGACAAAAGCGAGACUUGAUCGACUCGCUCAGCCAGAAGAAGGAAGACACGGAUCUCGUUGUCGAUCCGAACAUACUGAAGAGCAUGGAUGAGAUGAUAAACGCUGUGGUGGAAAACAAGGAAAGUCUUUAUGAGCCUCAAUUGGAGGCGCCUGCUUCUGAGGACAUUCCAGCGACGUCCAACGUCUCCCCUGUAUUGCAGUCCGAUAAUCAAUUUUACGUCGAUGCUGAAGCGAACGCCAAUUCGGAUUGGCCCUGUCGAGAGAAGGAAAACGUAGAGGAGGUCGCGUUGCGGCAGGACAGUAACGACGUGCCUGGUGCGGACGGAUCGAAUCACGUUUUUAAAGCCGUGAGCCAGGACAAGAUUCCUUUCCACGACGAACGUAACAGGAUGGAACCGGACAGUAGCAUCACCCCUGAAGAAACUUUAAUAGAGAACCAUUCUUUAGAUUGCGAGCGUGACCAUUCGAAAGAUUCCAAUAAUAUCACGUCGCGCAGCUUUGACAUUAAAGUAUCCGUGCCUAAAAUUUUAAUAAAAGAUGAUUUCAGCCUGGAACUGUCGCAGAAAUUUAAAGACACGGAGGGCGCUGUCGUGGGCACUGGUCUGGUUGAUUCUACAACAAAUAUACUUUCGUCCAACCCUGAGAGAUCGGAGGAGAAGGAUAAGAGUUCACGAGAUAGCUCGCAAGCCAUUAAGUCGAUCGUGGAGGAAAACAAAAAGGAUGAGAAAGACGAAACGAAGGAUAAACCCGCAGUGGACGCUGAUGAAAGAGAAGAGACGGUCGACAGCGUAAGUAAUGCACCACAAUCUGUACCGCAAUUGAGCAAUGCGAAGUCCGGAUACUCCGAUAUUAGCGAGAACGAGGAAUCAGGUGACAGCGUUGCAUCUAACCGGAACAAUAAAAUAGCAACAAGAGAUACUCAUGACUCGAGUGUCUCAGAGUCUACCGGAGAAAAAACAGAUACAAAGCAGAAAAAAUCGGAUGCUGAAUCCGAGCAGCUCUCGAAUGACGCGAUUGCUUUGAAACAAGAUUGUCAAAGCAUGGAGAAUACAGCCGCCGAAGAAGAGGAGAAAAGUAAUCCCGAGAACAAGUCACGAGCAUUUGAGAAAAUCCUGGAUCACGAUCAAAGCAAUGGCAGUUCCAUUCCAAUUGAUCUAACGAGCGAAAGAUCGGAAGAAUCCAACGAUACGUCCAUCGAACAAAAGUCCAGUCUGGAACACACGUCGACUUCUACCAUCUCGUUCGACAAAGCAACCGCGAAGAGCGGAGAACCGAGUAAGAAGCUUCGUCGCAAGCACGACAACUCAGCGCCGGUUCGGAGGAGUGCCAGAAACUCCAGUGAGACUGUCAGGUCUAGCAGGGUAAAGGAAGUCGAUGCUGAUUCGAACAGCAGCGAACGAGAUUCGAGCGUUCUUCACGAGACAAAUUUCACAACGCGAAGCAGAAGCAAAUCUCCUACGUGGGCAAUGCCCGAUGAAAAAGUCACAAGCAAUGGUAGGAAGAAUCGCGUUGCACGGAAAGUGCAAAAUGUUAUUAGGCGAAAAGUUAUUAGCCGAAAAGCUAAGUCUAAAAAGGAGAUCGUAAGUCUGGCUAAACACUCCGACAUGAUUACAGAAUCCACAGCUUCGAAUAACAGCACCGUGGCAAACGCGAAGAAGAGGAAACAGCACACGGAGGAGCAAAUAAAAAACUGCAAAGUGAGAUUGAUCGACUGUAAGCCCGCUCUCCUUAAAUAUGUCAAACCCGAGGUUCUGGACAGACUUGGAAUAAUUGCCGUCAAUCCUUGUGCACCGAGUGACACAUCGUCUACGCAGCAUACCACGAGCAAUCAAAAUACAGUAAUUUCCAUUGCAGCUUCUAGCAAAAGUUUCUUUUUCCCGGAGAAGCCCUGCGAUAAAGCAACACCCGAGGUCGAACUCUUAGAAGAGAAGCCGAUCAAGGAGAGUAGCGACAAAGAUCUCACUCAAGAACCUGUUUCACAAGCACCAGAGAUCGACGGCGAGGAAUCAGCGAAAAUGCAGUACACGGUCCACAAAGGGCCUAUUUUAGACAUCAAGGUUUUUAAGAAUUCUUUCCUAGCAGCAAGUGAAGACAGUAAAAUAUACAGAUACAGUCAGACGUCUAAUGAGAUACUGAAUAUCUAUAAAGGUCACAAAUCCGCGGUUACAUGUCUGUAUAUCUGUAAGUCAGAUAUCACAGGAGUUAACAAAGAGCUUAUGUAUUCUGGUUCCUUGGAUGGCACCUUGCGUUGUUACGAUAUAUCGAGUGGCGAAUUGAUAAAGAAUCCGGCGCAAAUAAACAGUCCGAUUCAGUGUAUGGAUCAAGCAUGGGGAAUAAUCUUUAUUGGAACUAAAUCUGGCCAUGUCUCGCGUUUUCAAAUCAAGACUAGUGCCACUAAAGGAAGUACUAUCUCAUUUUCGGAUAAGUCUGUACUUGCGCUUAAAGCGACAAAUGAAGGCCCGCGAAAAAUCCUUAUUGUAGCAUCUCGAAACCAACCUAUAGCUAUACGCGAUGCACUGAAUGGCUUGUUUCUCCGUACGAUUAGCGGCCAGAAGAAUCACACGGUUUACAGUUUAUUGCGUCAUAAUAAUUUGAUCUAUUGUGGUACAAGCAGCAGAUCCAUAAACGUUUUCGAUUUCACGACUGGUGAACAAGCAAUUCAAUAUGAUGCUGGUGUUGGUAUUGUGUGUAUGCGUCUUUAUAAGCAUCUACUCUUCGCAGGCUGUUACGACGGCAAUAUUUAUGUUUUUAAUAUAAACAAUCACAAAUUAGUAUGUAGCAUACAUGGCCCAGGGAAUAUGUUAUUAAGUAUAGAGGUUGUAAAUAAUAAGAUUAUAGCGGGAAGUAAAGACAAGCGUUUGCAUUCGUGGGAAAUGCCGACUCAAGUGCGUGCCUUACUUUAAACAAUGUUGUUGCACGUUCAAGAAUUCUCUACUUUAAAAAUAAUUAAUUGGAGAAACGAUCGGCUAACAACUCAGCGAUCGAAUAAUAUUAUGAUAUAUAAAUGUGUAAAGCAGUUAACGACACCGAAGUAAUAAUUUAAUAAUAUAUAUCGGAAUUGUACUAAAAAAUGUCGAACAUUUUCGAAUUUUCUCACUAUAAAUAGCGUUAUAAUACUACAUUCUUAAUCUUCGCAAAUCGCUUUUAUUUAUAUCAUAUGUUUAAUAAGUAAAUGCUGGAAAGCACAAGAUGCUAAAUAAGAUAUUUAUAAUUAUAGUACUAUAUGAUAUAUCGUUCCUCUUAUGCUAAUAUCAUGAGCGAUUCGAUAAAUUUUGGAAAUUUAUAAUUGAAUGUAAAAUGUAAUAUCUUAUUUUGACUCGAUAAUUGUAACUCGAGAUUUUUUAAAUUAAAAUUGAAAUUUAUGUAUACAUUCAUCAUUAUUCCAAUUGUUUUGGCAUACAGUUGAGAAUAAAAAAAGACAUUUAUCCCACUUCUUUAAUUAAAAAGUAAAAAUUUGCACAUUCAUGGUUUUGCUAUAAGAAGGACAAUAUAUUUAUAAUUACGUACUAUACGAUGAUAAGAACCGUUUUUAGUGAGGAAGUACUGGCGCCAAAAUUAUUUGUUAUUAUAUGCUUACAUAUCUGUAAUAUGUCAAGUGUACAGUUGUAAAGAAUUUUAGACUGAAUUAAUGCAAUAAUGAAAGUUAUUUUAUGUAUGCUUUGCACACACAAACAGAUUAGAAAAGUUUUCAUUAACUUUGUAAUCAUCCGAAAAUGUUGGGACAUUUAAUAUAUGUAUGUAGGCAUAAAUUUCAUGUCAGCGCGUGUCAACGUUUUGAGCUAUUUCAAAAUUGAGACUGGUAUACACAUAGUUGAGAAUCACGCAAAAUACAUGGCAUUCAGUGGUUUAUAUGAACUCUUUGUUAAACAAUGCUCUUGUUCCUUGUUGGUAUUUAGCGAAGAUUUGUCGUCUGUUCCUAGGAAGCUAUAUGUCCUUAAAAAGAUCUUGUUUAUAUUGAUGCCAAUAUCAUGCUUUAUUAUAUAUUUGCUUUGUCGUGUGUUUUUAAUGGAAACAAAUAUACUCUAUCAUCCUUUAA